ACUGACGCACCAAGUGACGGCGAUGUGCUGCUGGAGUUUCGCGCUGGGAGGAUGACAGUCAGCGGCAGCACUGUGAAACCCGACCCUCGCAAGGGCCUGUUCCGACUGAUCAGGACGGAGGAUCUACUGCUGCAUCUGCAGUGGCUGGAUCGCACCACUCAAGCCGUGGAGGAGGACAUGGUGGUGUUCCCAGACGAAGCUAAAUUCGAAAAGGUGUCCCAAUCCAGUGGUCGAGUAUAUGUGCUUUCAUUCAAUGACGACGACCGCAAGCUCUUCUUUUGGCUGCAGGAGCCCAAGGCACACAACGACGAGAAGCAUUGCUCCGAAGUCAACCGGAUACUGAAUGAAGCUUGGCUAUUGGAGGAGGACGACAGGGUGCUGGAUGCAGCAAUGAUGGACUCAGAGGCAGAUGCUUUCGCGGAGAACGAGGAGGGUCACCUGGGGGAGGCGGAUAUGCAUGACGAUGGGGACAGCCACCAGGUGCUUGCGCCUGCUGUACAAGAUGUUGCAGCACAGCAACCCAGACCAGCCGGCAGCAGUGGCGCCGUGACGGCAGGCCCACAAGGGCCGUCCGGUCUUGGCGACCUGAGAGGCAGUGUUUCUGCAGCUGGUGCUGCUGGCGCUGCUGGCGUUGAUGCUUCUCAUGCUGCCGCCCCUGCUCCUGGUGCUCCUGGUGGUGCUGGUGCUGCUGCUGCUGCUGGUGGGAGAGUAGGGGGCCCAGUGCAGUUGGCGCAGCUGCAGAGCAUUCUGGCGGGUCUGGGCCAAAUACAAGUGCCGCAACACUUGAGAGCGAGGAGCAUGAAGCUGACAGACAUUCUCAAGCCUGAAGUCAUGAUGAGCACCCUCAGUGAUGGCACUGUGCAGCAGAGACUGGCCGAGUUCCUCCCACCUGAGUUGCGGAAGCCAGAAGAUAUGCGGCAGUUGGUGCUGAGCCCGCAGUUCCAGCAGCAGCUGGACACCUUUUCUGAGCUGUUGCUUGCGGGGAAGAUUGACCUCUCUCAAUUUGGCAUCGAUGUGAACAAGUAUGGGGAGGCGUCCCCUCAACGAGCAGCAGGAGUGGAGCCGGGAGACCGAACAGUGGAGAAGAAGGAAGAGGCUGGCAGAUAA